GCUGCUCUCAGACAAGGCUAAAGCCAGCCAAAAUAUUCAAGAACGCCAUAGAGUCCCCGCCAUUACCCUCACCAAGCACCUUCUCUGGUCGCCCGCCACAGGCUGAACAGAAACAUAUAACCGGCCUCAGCUUCGACGAUAGUGGAAGCCAGGUGAUUACCGCGGCGGAGGACGAGACGUUCAGGUUGUACAGCUGCAAGACUGGCAAGCAAGUUCCCGUCAGCUCAACCUCCGAUAUAUGUGGCUAAAGCGUCUGGACAGGACUCUGAAGACCCUCUAUUCCAAAAAAUACGGAGUAGACCUGCCACGAUUCACCCACAAGCAGACCACCAUUGUCCAUGCAUCUACAAAGGAAGAUGACACCAUCCGAUACCAUUCGUUGCACGACAACAAGUACCUGCAAUACUUCAAAGGCCAUAAGGGGAAGGUAGUUUCUCUCGAGGUCUCUCCUGUGGACGACGGCUUCAUGUCCGGCUCAAUGGACAAGACAGUACGUCUAUGGGACCUGCGUUCUCCCCACUGUCGUGGGCUGCUGAACCUGCCAGCGCCGCCGGUGGUUGCCUACGAUGCAUCUGGGCUUGUCUUCGCCGUGGGCGUGAAUACAUACGCGCGGAUCCUCCUCUAUGACCAAGCCAACUUUGACAAGGCGCCGUUCCUUGUCAUUACUCUUGAUGAUCCUACACUUGCUCUCAUAAGCUAUCCGCCUCGACCGAUCUACAUGACGUCGCUCGCCUUCUCGUCCAACGGGAAGUACCUCCUAGUUGGUUGCUCCGGCAAUGCCCACUACAUAUUGGACGCGUUCGAAGGUCAUCUACUUGCCAAGCUGGAAGGUCCCGUUGGGCUAGAACGUCGGAAGAUCAAUGCCAAAGAGACCAUCGAGCCUCAGCGUGGGAUCAGCGGAGAGGAGGUUUCCUGGACACCAGACAGCAAGUUCGUCGUUGGAGGGAGCCUGGAUGGCAAGAUCAUGGUCUGGGAUGUCCGAGAGUUGCCGGUGAAAGAAGGGCCCGUAGACCACAAAAACCACCCGCUUCGUUUACAGCCUGUUGCGAAGCUGGAUGGGCACCCGGGCCCCGCACGUUGCGUCCAAUUCAACCCACGCCUUGCUAUGAUGUGUUCAGCCGGUGCUGAAUUGGUAAGUAUUACCGUCUUUGUUCGGAGUUCUGUUCUAUGCUAACGACGCGUGCCUGCGUACAGGCAUUCUGGCUUCCCGACAUGUCUCCCGAUCCCGAAGAAGUGGCCAAGGACCUGCUGAAGAAGAAGUCUGUCUCGUGAGCAUUUGUUAACCUCUUCGUGCAACUACGAGUCUACUAUAAAAUCGAGGACGUUGGGAGAAUCAUUCGCGACGCGUCGUAGAGCUCACAUGCGCCACUGUCUGACCAAGUCUUGUUCUCACAAAGCUGUAUAGUGUACUUGUUUGCAUAGUAAUAUACCAUUCUGUCGAGUACGGCGUGCUGCCGG